CAUCAAAUUUAUUUGGUUUCUUGUUCCUCUUUUGAGAAUGCCCUCCUUCUUUUACCAAACCCAUCAUUUUCGAUCCUGCUUCGGUUGGUGCCUUGUCUUGUCAUUUCUUCGCCGGUCCUCGUAGCCCCAUUUUCCCGGUUUUAACUGCUCCUUCUCCGGCGAUUAACUGAAUUCCGAUUCUUCUGUCGGUUGUUUCUGAUCAAUUUUCCCUCCUACUGUUUCAAAUUUUCGGUACCUAUGCUGAAAAACAAGAAGAAUAUUAAGAAGAUUGUGUUUCAUGAAGAGAAAUUGAGUGCGUAGCGGAAUUAGGACUUGCACAAAGCUGAGCUGUAUGAUUCGAAUUCGAUUUCAAGCUCGGCCGUUCAAUUCACGCUAAUUUGGGUUACGGAAUAGAAUAAUUGAGGAAUUGUUUUUUCUUAUUUGAUGACUCUUUGUUGAAUUGAGGCGAUUGAGGUUUUUCUGUGCGUCAUGUUGGAUGGCUGUUCUUAAUUGAGAACUAUUAGGAGUUUGUUUUCUUCUGGGAAGUACGAUCAUGAAGCGACUUACUAGAAAAGUUGGGAAGUAUGAGGUGGGGAGGACCGUUGGGGAAGGGACGUUUGCCAAGGUUAAGUUUGCAUGUAACACGGAGACGGGGGAGGGUGUGGCUAUGAAAGUUUUGGCCAAAAGUAGCAUUCUCAAGCACAAAAUGGUAGAACAGAUUAAGAGGGAGAUAUCAAUAAUGAAAAUUGUUAGGCAUCCACAUAUUGUCCGACUGCACGAGGUGUUGGCUAGCCGGACAAAGAUAUAUAUUAUUCUUGAGUUUGUCUCUGGAGGUGAACUAUAUGAUAAAAUAGUUCUUCAAAAGAAGCUCCCAGAAAUUGAGUCUAGACGAUACUUUCACCAGCUGAUAGAUGCAGUUGCUCAUUGUCACAGCAAGGGUGUGUAUCACAGGGACCUUAAGCCUGAAAACCUUCUUCUUGAUGAUGAUGGAAAUCUGAAAGUUUCCGACUUUGGGCUGAGUGCACUGUCUCAACAAGGUGUUGACCUACUUCACACCACAUGUGGAACUCCUAAUUAUGUUGCACCCGAGGUGCUUAGUGGUCAGGGUUACGAUGGUGCAGCUGCAGAUAUAUGGUCAUGUGGAGUCAUCCUCUAUGUACUAAUGGCUGGAUAUCUUCCAUUUUCAGAGACGGACCUUCCCACCCUAAACAUGAAGAUAAAUGCAGCGGAGUAUUCCUGUCCCUAUUGGUUUUCACCUGGUGCAAAGUCCUUGAUAGAGAAGAUCCUUGAUCCGAAUCCUAAAACUCGAAUUCGGAUCGAAGAAAUUAGAAAAGAUCCAUGGUUCAGAAGAAACUACGUCCCUGCUAAACUUGGAGAAGAUGAGGAAGUAAACUUAGAUGAUGUUCGGGCUGUUUUUGAUGACAUUGAGGAUGAAUAUGUAGCCGAUCAAUCAGAAAAAAAUGAUGACGGUCCUUUGAUAAUGAAUGCAUUUGAGAUGAUAACAUUAUCUCAAGGAUUAAAUCUGUCACCAUUAUUUGACCGGCGACAGGACUAUAUAAAGCGGCAAACACGUUUUGUUUCUCGUAGACCUGCUAACUUUAUAAUGUCUAGCAUUGAAGCAGUAGCAGAAACAAUGGGAUUAAAUGUCCACACACGUAAUUUCAAGACAAGGUUGGAAAGAAGGACCGGACACAGGGUUGCACAGUUUGCCGCUGUGCUGGAGAUUUAUGAGGUGGCACCAUCCCUUUUUAUGGUGGACGUCCGCAAAGCUGCCGGAGAUACUCUAGAAUAUCACAAGUUCUACAAGAAUUUCUGUGCUAAGCUAGAAAACAUAAUCUGGAAACCAUCUGAGAGUGUGGGAAACUGAAGCCCUGCUUGGUUACUAACUGAUUCCAUGGAGCAAAUGAACAAACACAUUUAAUCAAUGAUGCAGCAGAGGAUCAUGAAGGUUCACUUUCUCCAUGAUCUGAAUUUUCUAUAUGCUGUUAUGAUAUAACUCAAGAAGUGUGUGUAUAUGUGCGCUCGUUUAAUUUUCUUCAUGCCGACCACUUGGAAUUGUCAUCAUUCCUGCAUUUAAAGGUUCCAUCACAGAAGGAGAAAAAGAAAAGAAAUGGUUAAGAGUGGGAAAGUGAAAAAGGCAUCCUUAGGAAAUUUGCCUUGGAUUGUACAUAAUGUGAUUGAAAAUAAAUUUUGAAUCUUUUUGCUGUGAGCUGUUGAACGUAAAUUUGUCAAUAACUAACGAAUAGUCCUUUAUAAACUAUAUUUUCUUUACAAGUCUCAGAUAAUCCAUUUUCCAACAUUAUAAGAAAAAUUUAAUAAAGGAAUAUUUUGAUUUUAAAUGCUA